AUGGCGCAUAAUUAUAUGCAGCAGGCCAACGGCCUUGCUCCAAAUGGCCAACCCAACCAACGCCAACUGCGAGUCCCGACUGUCAAUGAAGCGCUCCCAUACUCUCCCUUCAGCUCCAUCGUCCCCUUCAAUCCUGACCUCAUCACAGCACCGAUGGCGCUGCCAUCUAUCGAGCCUACUGCAUUCGAAGACUUGGAGGAUAUCAAAGCCGCUCGACGUGAUCUCGAACGCCUUGAGGCCGGAUCACGCAGUUCAGAGGCCGAGGACAAGAGAAAGGACAAGGCAGCGAACGACGUCAAGAGACUGUUGGAACCUAGCAAUUUGCCUGAAUACAAGUUCAAGACAAGCAAGCGGACAAGAGCGGAUCUCCCCCCAUCCAAGACUCAGCCACAGUUGAGCAGCUUCGCGGGUCGGGUGUACGAGGAAAACAACGUUACCUUUUCGUACGCGACGCCGGAAGCGUCGCCAACGUCGGAUGACAACAUUGUCGUCAAGCACAAGCGACCCAGUGAUGUGGGCGACAACAUCGUAGUCAGCCCCAGACGAGUGCAGCAGCCACCAGGACAGCAGACAAUGAAGAAGAUUGUUGUCAAACACCCAGACAUGUCAGAGCCAAGGCACUCUGGCCACAGCAUCACCCCACGACCGGAUGCUCUUCCACAGGCAGGCUUGCAGAAUGGAAAUCUCAACGCCCACCAUACCGCACCAACCCCGUCAAAAUCUACACCCAAGGCAUUGGUGCUGCCCGCACCAUUGACCCCAGCUCAACGAGCCGAGUACAAGAUGGGACGAGACUCUACACCGCUAAGAAAUCAGGCCGCAUACCUCACCAGCGGCCGCCGGGCUGUCAGUCUAGACCAAAAGGCGGAUCAAGCCGUUGAUAGCAUGCAGUCUCUGCUUGUGGACAUCUUCGAAGCCGAGGAUCAGUUGCAGCCCGACACUUCUGGUUUCGUUUCAGCGCAGGGCAAUAUCUUCAGCUCGACGGAAGUGGAAGAUGGCUCUUCCCCACUCUUCACUGCCGAUACUUUGCUCAGACUGGAUGCAGCAGCCACUAAGGUCUAUGCGCACAAUCGCAUCGACAGCUUCGAAGUUGAGCAGCUUGCAAGGGUGCAGAAACUGUGCGAGGCCUUUCUUGCUUCGUCGGAGUCCGGUCUUCUCCAUGUCGGUGAGGACUGGGAAGAGCAAGACAUCUCCAAUUGGCUCAGCAGAGUUGCAAGUGCUCACCACGGGCUUAUCGCUGCUCGAGUUAUGAUGCGGAUCAUGGCGGGUGGCUCACGUUACAAGGAGCUGCAAUCAGAGGACCAUCUACGACUGGUCCUGGAUACAGUACGGACCGCAGUUGAGGGCUGCGUCAUACCUGUCAUCGAGAUGCGUUCCAUUAUGGGCGACAAGGUCCGCGGCGAGAAAGCAGCACCACGGAACCCGGCUUUUGACAUUGCAGUGGAGAAUCGCAAGACUCUGCAGCUCUUCAUGAAGCUGACGACCAAGUGCACGCAACUGCUAGGAGAAUUGUUCUACAAGACUGACGUCGACGAAAGCGGAAUCUCAAGCCUGGAGUAUUUGUGCAAGACUUUGAUCUUUGCAGAGAACGCGACCAGCGAUAGAGAUGCGGCGUUGGGAACGCAAUCUUUCGAAAACUUGCGCAAAGCUGCUAUGGACGGCCUUGCAAGAAUCUUCGAAAAGUACACCAGCCAGAGGACCUUCAUCGUUGACGAGAUGCUGCUUUCACUCGACAAAUUGCCGGCUACGAAGCAGAGUGCGAGGCAGUACACUUUACCAGAUGCGAAGCCAAUCCAGUUGGUGUCAGCCCUGCUCAUGCGCUUGGUCCAAACAAGUGCUACCGCGGAUCUCAGAGGCAAGACGACCACAGAGGAAGACGACGAGGACGAAGAGGAUGAAGAAUCUGCAGAGGAUGAAUCUGACGACUCAGAAGAGUAUUCGUCGGCCAAGAAGAAGUCGAGGAAGCAGCGCUCUGCAGCACCAAAGUCGAGCAAGGACUUGUCUUCACUUUACGAGCCCCUCAAGAAGAGCGCCGAACAGUAUGCCAGGUACAUUGUCCGGGUUCUCCUCGAGCGGGCUUUGGGCACAUCCAAAUCAAGCGACGAGCCGUACAGACGUUUGCUCGACAUCUUUGUCGACGACUUCCUCAAUGUGAUGGGAUCGACAGACUGGCCUGCCGCUGAGUUGCUCCUGCGUGCGCUGGUUACCAGUUUGGUUGGUCUGGCCGAGAAUCCAAAGAGUCCUGCUCCUUCACGAACGCUGGCGCUUGAGAUACUUGGCACCGUGGGAUCCGGUAUACUGGAUAUUCGCGCUUCUGCAUUAAGUGGCGCAAACGCUCUUGACACCGACGACCCACUCUCUGCCCGCCUCGCCAAUGUGGUCAGAGCGAUGAAGAAUGGCGACAUGAGCACCGCAACCCUUACAGCUUUCGAAGGCCCUUACCGCGUGGUGAUUGAGUAUCUAGACGCACGCGAUAGUGGGAAUGAUCCACGACUGCAGUCUGCACGAGGGUAUCAUCUCAUGCAAUGGGCCGAUUUUGUCUGCAGUGACCGAGAAAACUCACCAGAUGCCAUCAGCGUUGGCUACUCAGCCACAGCACUUCAGACCAGGAUCCGGUACAUGAUCGAAGAUGAGCACUGGCUUGGGAAUGCUGAGCCUGACUUCCCUAGGCCAACGACUGAUCAAGGAAAGCUAGCAGGACGACUCGUGGCAGCUAAUUCGCUACUCUGCAAGGCAUUCAGUCGAAUCUUCAGCGUCGUGUUGAAGUCUCUCAGCAGCGAGCAGCCCACCGUCCGCAGUCGAAGUCUCAAGAGCGUCAACACCUUGCUGGAGAAAGACCCCUCAGUCCUCGAUCGCGAUACGCAUGUGUUGAAUCAUAUUGUCCGCUGCCUGGGCGAUGCGUCGGCCCUGGUCAGAGAUUCUGCGCUGGGCCUUCUUCAAAAGUGCGUCAACCUUCGACCAGCGGUGGAACAGAAAGUGUACAAGCAAAUCGUGCCGCGCACCAACGACACCGCCGUCGGCGUUCGAAAGCGCGCUAUGGCCUUCCUCAAAGACGUCUACCUGCACAGCGACGACAACCUUGUGCGCGCACAGAUAUCAAAUGCUCUCAUAUCCCGAAUGCAAGACAAUGAGGAGAGCGUAGCCGAAGUCGCUCGAGCUACCAUCGAAGAAGUCUGGUUUUCCGCCUUCCGCGACAUAGCAUCUAGUGAUCGCUCUGUUGAUGCUCAACUGAGACUGAAUUCACACACAGCUCUCAUCAUUCAGACUGUCGAGCUUGGUGAUGAUGUCGCCAACGUGCUGGAGAAGAUGCUCAAAAAGCUGCUCAGCUCUUCGAAGCAGGCAUCUGACAACGUGCGGAUUGCAAAGAUGUUUGUCGCCGUCACUGUUGAACGUUUGCGAGAGGGCAAUCUCCCUGGCGGUGCAUCUCAGGCUACGGUAGCAGGGGCGCUGUACGUCUUCGCGAAGGCCUGGCCGAAGCUGUUCACCCCAACCCAGCUUUCACACUUGGAACCGUUCACGAGGCACCUCAACACGACAGCCGAUUUGGAGAUGUUCGUUCCUGUGGUCAACAUUCUGAACUACACGCUUCCAGUCGUCAUUGGUGUCAAUGACAAGGACCUCGAAAAACUGACGACUUCGCUGCUAACAGGAAUGGGUAAAACGCUGCCGAAGUCAGUCGUGGCGGUGAUCGCACCGUGUGUUGCGACCAUGGACGCACUGCUUGGGCACACGAAGCGACCGCUCCUAAUGAUCAAGUCAGCGCUGGCACCUAUUCAUGACGAGCGUAAAUCGCAAGUGAGCACUGAGCCACCGGCAAAGCAAGUCAAACGGCUGUUGAUACUUGGUCAAUUCGGCAAGUCAUGCGACCUUGAUCGUCAUCUGGCGGAGUUCAAGUCAGAUCGUCGAUAUUCCAGCUACAGGGGCGACAAUGUUGCGGGCCUCCUGCUCGAGAUCAUCUGUUACUUCACCAGCCCAACACAGCCGGUUACCAUCAGAGAGGCUGCCAUCGGAGCGAUCUGCGAGAUUUGCCAGUCGUACCCAGAGCACUUCGAACGCGCUGACGUUGUCAACGCCAUUGAAGCUGUGUUCCAAGCUCGAGUGCAGUCUUUGGAAUCUGCCAUGCUGACCAGCCUUGAGGCCUUUUUCGCUACGGGAGUCGCGGGUGGAGAACAGCAAGAGGAGAUUGCCGCGGGCAUUGAGGGCGGUGCCCAGCGCCUGGGAGGUACUUACAAGGCUACGGGACACGACAAGGCAUCCGCAGCGCUCUCACAGCGAUUCAUGCCGCAAUUCCUCCGCAUCGCAUUGUCAUCCGUGAGCGAUGUUGCUCUCACUGCAGCUCGCAUAGUUGUGCUCAUCAACACCAGCGGCCUCUCUUAUCCUCAAGACAGUGCACCUGGUCUGGUCGCUCUUGAGACAUGCCCCAACAGCGCCAUCGCAGGUCUGGCUUUCCAGGCACACAAGGAGCAAUUCGGCAAAUACGAGAGUAUUUUCGAGAAGCAGCUCGUCAAAGCUGUCCAACGAGCGUUCCAGUACCAAGUGCAAGUCGUCCAGAGUGCGACAGGCUGCAGCGGCAGUCCUCCAGCCGCUAAGCUGCACUUUUUCUGGGACGUGACGAAGACUGGCAAGGCCGGGGUGCGUCAGAAGUUUGCGACGAACAUCUGCGCUUCCAUGAACUUCGACCCCGCCAAACUACAGUUGAAAGGCUCAAUGUCGCCGCACCUGAUGUACGUGCGGUUCUGCGUCGAGAACAUUGCAUUCUUUGACUACACUUCGGUCUCGGAGGUCUCGCACCUGCUGUCCUCACUGGAGAAGACUGUCGCUGGGACUGGCACCGAAGUCGCGCAGGCAAUCGAGAGCGAUGUUCAGAAGAUCCAAGUUCCUGUCACAUCCUCUGCCACGGCAGAGAGUGGUUCUGACGGCAUCGUCGUUGCAAGCACCGAGCCUGCACCCAUGCUUCAGAACAACAAUAUCGACCCCCAGCGACUAGAGCAGUUGACUGUCUCGGCUCAGAUACUCUCGCUCAUCUGGGAGACGCGCACCUACCUGCGCAAACUCUGGAUGAUGCAAAAGUACGCCGGCAAGCCCAAGAACCUCGCCAAAGACGGCAGCAAAGCGCCAACCCGCGCCACGAAUGCACCAGCGUUGACUGAGUCAUUCCAGCGGAACAUCAAAAACAUCAUGGCAUCCCUCGACACCGAAACCGCAAAGAAGGCAAUGUGCACUUCCUUCGUAGAGACGUACACCGUGGAUUCUGAAGUGAAAGUCGGCUCAGGAGACGAGGACAACAUGGAAAUCGACGAUGAAGAUGAUGCUCGUAGUGUGAGCAGUACAUCCAAGAGUCCUUCCGUCGCAGCGACUCCUCGCGGCAAGAAGCGCAAGUCGAUUGAUUCUGGGAUGAAUGGUGGACCGAAGAAGCGCGGUAGGCCGAGGAAGUCGAGCAUGUCGAAGAAGAAUGACUUUGACGAUGAGGGUGGUUGGGACUGA